GCCAACAUGUCGGAUACCAAGGUAAAAGUUGCCGUCCGAGUCCGGCCCCUGAACCGACGAGAACUGGAACUCAACACCAAGUGCGUGGUGGAGAUGGAAGGGAAUCAAACGGUCCUGCACGCUCCUCCUUCUAACAGCAAACAGGGAGAAAGGAAACCUCCCAAGGUAUUUGCAUUUGAUUAUUGCUUUUGGUCCAUGGAUGAAUCUAACACUACAAAAUAUGCUGGUCAAGAAGUGGUUUUCAAGUGCCUUGGGGAAGGAAUUCUUGAGAAAGCCUUCCAGGGGUAUAAUGCUUGCAUUUUUGCAUAUGGACAGACAGGCUCAGGAAAAUCCUUCUCCAUGAUGGGCAAUGCUGAGCAGCGAGGCCUCAUCCCAAGGCUCUGCUGUGCUUUAUUUCAAAGGAUCUCUCUGGAGCAGAAUGAGUCACAGACCUUUAAAGUGGAAGUAUCCUAUAUGGAAAUUUAUAAUGAGAAAGUCCGGGAUCUUUUAGACCCCAAAGGGAGUAGACAGUCUCUUAAAGUUCGAGAGCAUAAAGUUUUGGGACCAUAUGUAGAUGGUUUAUCCCAACUGGCUGUCACUAGUUUUGAGGACAUUGAGUCACUGAUGUCUGAGGGAAACAAGUCUCGGACAGUAGCUGCAACCAACAUGAAUGAAGAAAGCAGCCGCUCCCACGCUGUGUUCAACAUCGUCAUCACGCAGACGCUAUACGACCUGCAGUCUGGGAACUCAGGGGAGAAGGUGAGCAAGGUGAGUUUGGUGGACCUGGCGGGCAGCGAGAGAGUGUCUAAAACCGGAGCUGCGGGAGAGCGCCUGAAGGAAGGCAGCAACAUUAACAAAUCACUUACAACCUUGGGGUUGGUUAUCUCAUCGCUGGCUGACCAGGCAGCUGGCAAGGGUAAAAACAAAUUUGUGCCUUAUCGUGACUCAGUCCUCACUUGGCUGCUUAAGGACAAUCUGGGGGGCAACAGUCAGACCUCCAUGAUCGCCACCAUCAGCCCAGCAGCAGACAACUACGAAGAGACCCUCUCCACGCUGAGAUACGCAGAUCGGGCCAAGAGGAUCGUUAACCAUGCCGUCGUGAAUGAGGAUCCCAACGCGAAGGUCAUCCGGGAACUGCGGGAGGAGGUGGAGAAGCUGAGGGAGCAGCUCUCGCAGGCUGAGGCUAUGAAGGCCCCUGAACUGAAAGAGAAGCUCGAGGAAUCUGAAAAGCUGAUAAAAGAACUAACGGUGACUUGGGAAGAGAAGCUCAGGAAAACAGAAGAAAUUGCACAGGAGAGGCAGCGGCAACUUGAAAGCAUGGGGAUUUCCCUGGAGACUUCUGGUAUCAAGGUGGGAGAUGACAAGUGCUACCUGGUCAACCUGAAUGCAGACCCUGCUCUCAACGAACUUCUGGUUUAUUAUUUAAAGGACCACACCAGGGUAGGUGCCGAUACCUCUCAGGACAUCCAGCUCUUUGGGAUAGGAAUUCAGCCUGAGCACUGUGAGAUCGACAUUGGCUCUGAUGGAGAGGUCAGCCUCACUCCAAAAGAAAAUGCACGAUCCUGUGUAAACGGCACGCUCGUGUGCAGCACCACCCAGCUGUGGCACGGGGACAGGAUCCUGUGGGGGAACAACCACUUCUUCAGAAUUAAUUUGCCUAAGAGGAAACGGCGAGAUUGGUUGAAAGAUUUUGAAAAAGAGACCGGCCCACCGGAGCACGACCUGGAUGCGGCCAGUGAAGCUUCCUCAGAACCAGACUACAACUACGAAUUUGCCCAGAUGGAGGUUAUCAUGAAAACGCUGAAUAGUAACGACCCAGUCCAGAACGUGGUGCAGGCCCUGGAGAAACAGUACCUGGAAGAAAAGCGAAGCGCCCUCGAGGAGCAGCGGCUCAUGUACGAGCGGGAGCUGGAGCAGCUCCGCCAGCAGCUGUCCCCGGAGCGGCAGCCCCAGAGCAGCGGCCCCGACCGGCUGGCCUACAGCAGCCAGACGGCGCAGCAGAAGGUGACCCAGUGGGCCGAGGAGAGGGACGAACUCUUUCGCCAAAGCCUGGCAAAACUGCGGGAGCAGCUGGUGAAAGCCAACACCCUGGUGAGAGAGGCAAAUUUCUUAGCCGAGGAGAUGAGCAAGCUCACCGACUACCAGGUGACUCUGCAGAUCCCUGCCGCGAACCUCAGUGCCAACAGGAAGAGAGGAGCAAUAGUGAGUGAGCCAGCUAUUCAAGUGAGGAGGAAAGGAAAGAGCACCCAAGUAUGGACCAUUGAGAAGCUGGAGAAUAAAUUAAUUGAUAUGAGAGAACUUUAUCAAGAAUGGAAGGAAAAGAUUCCUGAGGCUAAGCGACUCUGCGGGAAACGAGGUGACCCUUUCUAUGAAGCCCAAGAGAAUCACAACCUGAUUGGUGUCGCUAAUGUGUUCCUUGAGUGUCUCUUCUGUGAUGUGAAGCUUCAGUAUGCAGUUCCUAUCAUCAGCCAGCAGGGGGAGGUUGCAGGGCGUCUCCACGUGGAAGUGAUGCGAGUUACAGGCGCCCUCCCGGAGCGCAUGGUGGAGGACGACUCCUCGGAGAACUCCAGUGAAAGUGGGAGUCUCGAAGUAGUAGACAGCACCGGGGAAAUCAUUCACCGAGUCAAGAAACUGACAUGCCGGGUAAAAAUUAAAGAAGCAACUGGGCUGCCCUUAAACCUCUCAAAUUUCGUCUUCUGUCAGUACACGUUCUGGGACCAGUGUGAAUCCACGGUGGCUGCCCCUGUUGUGGACCCUGAGGUGCCUUCCCCGCAGUCCAAGGAUGCCCAGUACACCGUGACCUUCUCUCACUGUAAGGACUAUGUGGUGAACGUAACAGAGGAAUUCCUGGAGUUCAUUUCAGAUGGAGCACUGGCCAUCGAAGUGUGGGGCCACCGGUGUACCGGGAAUGGCAGCUCCAUCUGGGAAGUCGAUUCCCUUCACGCUAAGACGAGAACACUGCAUGACAGGUGGAACGAAGUUACUCGCAGAAUAGAGAUGUGGAUCUCCAUCCUGGAGCUAAACGAGCUGGGGGAGUACGCCGCCGUGGAGCUUCACCAGGCCAAGGACGUCAACACAGGCGGCGUCUUUCAGCUCAGACAGGGUCAUUCCCGGAGAGUCCAAGUCACAGUGAAGCCUGUCCAGCACUCCGGCACACUGCCGCUCAUGGUUGAAGCCGUCUUGUCCAUCUCCAUCGGCUGCAUCACUGCCAGGUCCACCAAGCUCCAGAGAGGGCUGGACAGCUACCAGAGAGAUGAUGAGGAUGGUGAUGAUAUGGAUAGUUAUCAGGAAGAAGACUUAAACUGCGUGAGAGAGAGGUGGUCGGAUGCCCUCAUUAAACGGCGAGAAUACCUAGACGAACAGAUUAAAAAAGUCAGCAACAAGAAAGAGAAGACGGAGGAUGACGUGGAGCGGGAAGCCCGGCUGGUGGAGCAGUGGGUGGGGCUGACGGAGGAGAGGAACGCCGUGCUGGUGCCUGCGCCGGGCAGCGGGAUCCCCGGGGCGCCUGCCGACUGGAUCCCACCACCUGGAAUGGAAACCCACAUACCGGUUCUCUUCCUUGAUUUGAACGCGGAUGACCUCAGUGCCAAUGAGCAGCUCGUGGGCCCCCACGCAUCAGGCGUGAACUCCAUCCUCCCCAAGGAGCACGGCAGCCAGUUUUUCUACCUGCCCAUCAUAAAGCACAGUGACGAGGAGGUUUCAGCCACAGCCUCCUGGGACUCCUCGGUGCAUGAUUCCGUUCACUUGAACAGGGUCACCCCACAGAAUGAGAGGAUCUACCUGAUAGUGAAGACCACAGUCCAGCUCAGCCACCCGGCAGCUAUGGAGCUGGUCUUACGAAAACGGAUUGCAGCCAACAUUUACAACAAACAGAGUUUCACCCAGAGUUUGAAGAGGAGAAUAUCACUGAAGAAUAUAUUUUAUUCCUGUGGUGUAACCUAUGAAAUAGUAUCCAACAUACCAAAGGCAACAGAGGAGAUUGAGGACCGGGAGACGCUGGCUCUCAUGGCCGCGAGGAGUGAGAACGAAGGCACGUCGGAUGGGGAGACGUACAUCGAGAAAUACACGCGAGGCGUGCUGCAGGUGGAGAACAUUCUGAGCCUGGAACGACUCCGGCAGGCAAUCACGGUCAAAGAAGCGCUUUCCACCAAAGCUCGGCACCUGCGGCGAAGCCUCAGCACGCCCAACGUUCACAAUGUCUCUUCCAGUCGACCAGACCUUUCUGGCUUUGACGAUGAUAAGGGUUGGCCAGAGAGCCAGUUAGACAUGUCUGACUACAGCCCGAGUUACCAGGAUGUAUCGUGUUAUGGAACUUUGCCUAGGGAUUCACCUCGAAGGAGUAAAGAAGGUAGUGGUUGUACAUCAGAGAAUCCUCAUGCCUUAACAGUCAGCCCUUUCAAAGCAUUCUCUCCUCAGCCACCAAAGUUUUUCAAGCCCCUAAUGCCUGUAAAAGAGGAGCAUAAGAAAAGGAUAGCACUUGAAGCAAGGCCUCUUCUAAGCCAGGAGAGCAUGUCUCCACCUCAGGCACAUAAUCCUGGCUGCCUUGUGCCCUCGGGAAGCGAUGGCAGCCGCAUGCCAGUAGAACUCAAUAGCAAACGUGAGAAGAAGAUUGACUCUGAGGAGGAGGAAAACGAUCUAGAAGGUCUCAGCCGGAAGCUGAUAAGUUCACAGCCUUAUGUACCUGUGGAGUUCGCUGACUUCAGCGUUUACAAUGCCAGCUUGGAGAACAGGGAGUGGUUUUCUUCUAAAGGCGAUCUGACGAACUCAAAGGUCCUAGAGAAGGAGGUGUCCCGCAGCCCCACCACCAGCAGCAUCACCAGUGGCUACUUUUCCCACAGUGCCUCCAACGCCACCCUGUCCGACAUGGUGGUCCCUUCCAGUGACAGCUCAGAUCAGCUGGCCCUCCCGACGAAGGACACAGACUCCAGCGAGCAUCCCGGACCGUCCCUCGUGCAGGAUUUCAGGCCAUCCUCAAACAAAGAGUUGACAGAACUAGAAAGAGGCUUGGGAAAGGAAAAGAUGACCGAGGUGCCACUCAAGGAAAACAGUGCCUUAGCCAAAGGGAGCCCAUUGUCCCCCAGCAUCCCGGAGAAAAACUCCAGAACCCUCUGUAGGACCAGCUCAUGUUCAGAGCAGGAUGCCUGCUCCAGCAAAAACGGCCAGCCGGCCAGGGAAUUCUGCCCCAGGGAGGUGACCGUGGAGCACACCACAAACAUCCUCGAGGAUCACUCUUUCACAGAGUUUAUGGGUGUGUCAGAUGGGAAAGAUUUUGAUGGUUUGACAGAUUCUUCUGCUGGAGAACUUUCAAGUAGGAGGAACCUACCAAAUACAACAGACAGCAGGAGUGUCUCACAUGGGCCACAGGACCCUGGCCAGCUAUGUUCCUCGGCAGAGAAUGACCAGGGGAGCACCACUGCUCGGUGAGAGGCAGUGAGCACUUCCUCCGAAGGCCACAGCAUCUCUGCUCCGGUCACGUCCCAGAGCACCAGCCCAUCUAUCAAACACGCUGCGGCCCGGCCGGACCUCACACCAGCGCGGAGAAGCCAUGGCUUCCAGGGCCACCUCCUCCCUUCUCCCCUCCCGAGCCGGGAGAAGCGGCACUUUGUCACUUGGGUGACUCGGGAGCCUCUGCUUCCUUCCAGAGAACUGAAAAUCCUGGCUUCACAAAGUGACAGUAUUUUUGUUUGCACUCACUACACACCCCCACGGUGUAGAAACCUCCACAGAUUCAAACAGACUUUAUUCUUGUACAAUUUUAAUCAGUUCUUACUGUAGAAUCUGGAGUCAAUGCUCUAAUUUUUUUUAUAAAUAAUAUAUAUUAUGUAUAUGAAAUGUAUAUCUAUAGUAUGUCUGGAGAGACAGGACUGCACACUGAAAUGGAUAAAAGUGGUUUGUAGAAAAUCGUAAGGUACUGGACUUUCUUACAAAGCAGCUCGGGCGAUCUCUCAGAACACAAACAGAUGAAAGAGAUGGUCUUACCUGAGAAUGAGGUUGCAAAUCCCUCUUUGCAGCAAAGGUUACAGAAUGCCGUUCUUUAUAACCAAAGAACUUACCCAAGACUGAAUGUUUUUUGCUGUCCACUCUUGUUUUAUGUGUACAUACGUGUUUGACUGCAAGUUCGGUGCCAUAUACCCUGUGGCUCCCAGGCCACGUGCUGCCGUUCUCUGUCGUGUUUCCCAAGCACACUGAAAAAUCUCACGGCUCCGUUCUUUGGUCUUCCACCUGGUCUGCCGCCUGCUGACUUGACGCGGUUCGGGAACCCUUGACAGCGACUGGGGCUCUGAUCCCCGCCUUUCCUGUCCCUCGGUCCAGCCCAGCCAGGCAGCUGGGAUGCAGAGAGCAGUAUUACUCUAAGAAAACACAUGGGGUUUUCCUUAAGAGUGGGGUUGGGCGGGUGGGUGUCGGUUUUCGUCUCUUCGUGGUUUUGUUUGGGGUUUGGUAGGUGUUUGUUGUGGUGUGGUUCUGCCGUUGUUUUAUUUCAUUUCUGGAAAACGCUGAAGGGAUGACACGAGCCGUGAAGUUCGCGGGUGCCCACUUCACAGUGUCCGCAGGAGAUGGUUGAAGACAGAUGACCCUGCUGUGUGUCUUCAUCUGUAGAAUCCUUUUACCGAUGGAGACCCUGAAGAAUUAUGUGUGCGGAAGUUCUUACAAAAGUGCUUUCCGUACCUAUUGUGUAGAUGCUUGUAUAGCUGGUCCAGAUGUACAGUAAUAAAUGUGUUGUGGGCGUGAGCGAGGGUGUAUAGCCUGCUGUACCUUUUCCCUUGAAGUUCGCAGCAUCCGUAAGUGAGUAAGAUUUUAAUGCAAAGCUGCUGUUCAUGAUUUUUGUGUAUAGUGAGCUGACUGUAGUAUUUUACUAUUGACUGUUUAAAAAGAGAAAGACUGUAAUUUAUAUCCCCUUUCAACUUUAUUGUAUUUAAUUGGUACAGACUGUGUGUGUGUGUGUGUGUUUUAGAAUACAGACUGUCUAAUUCCGAUUUUAAAA